GUUGAUUAUUCGAGUGAUCAUCUUCCUAAUUCAUUUUGCUUUCAUUUUGCAGGGUGACCGCAUUCAUGCUGUUGUGAAAAGGCCAUUCAUGCAUUUGUAUGAAAACAAACUGCAGGAAAACAAGUGUUUCAGAAUCAAGAACUUCUUAGUUUUUGAUAACUACUUCAACUACAAAACUACUGAACACCCUUAUGUUUUAGAAUUUUUCAAAAAAACAAUGGUCUAUGAUUUGCACUCAGCAACUUUUCCAAACUUAGUGUUCAAUUUCCAUCAAUUUGACGCGCUGCAGAGUCUAAGAGUCAUCAACGACAAAUUGCUUAUCGGUGAUUUCAUUUACAUAUCCUUAAACGCUUUUUUAUAAUCACACCGUUUAAUAACAGUUUUUCUUCAGAUGUAAUUGGUAAGUACGUCGGGAAGACUCCAGUACAAACACCAAUCGUUAAUGGGAAACCAGAAAAGCUGAUUGAACUAACUUUGGAAGAUCCAGAGUACUGUCUUAAUUUUGUCUAUGAUAUGGUAUUUGUUUAUCAUAAAAAUCGAGAGUUUAUGAUGAAACUCUUUUUUAUUUGUAGUGGAAAUCGUAUUGGAUGCACAUUGUGGAACAACUACUGCAAACAGUUCACUGAUUUUUAUGAUGCUCAUAAAAAUGAAGCCAUCUACAUCAUACUACAAAUGGGUAGACCCAGACGCUAUCAAGGUCAGGACUAAUUCAAAAAAAACUUAAGUUUUUUAUUUUGGCUUCAAAUGGGCUGAUGAAAGAUUUCAAACAUAUUCAGGUCAUGUCUUGGUGGGAACAUCUUAUGAUGUUUCGAAGUUGUUAAUAAAUGGUUCUAGCCCGGAGUUUGAAGAUUUGAAAUCGCAGUUUGGACCAGAUGACGACAAUACAACAAUGACUACCUUCACUGCAAAUUCAGUUGGUCAGGGUAGUGAGGACGUUUUUAGGGGAAAGGCUACUAUGACAAACAUCAGUGAUUUGCUAAAGGACCCAGAGGAUGGAACCUAUUGGCUACUUGGUGAUAUUGUAUCACUAGACAACUAUAAGGAAUGGUGCUACCUGAGCUGCCCAACAUGCAACAAGAAAAUAAAGCCAGAAGAUGAAAGGUUCAGAUGCAUCACAUGUGACACGACUAUUCCCGAGGGAGUGUUGAGGUACAAAGUUUCAGUUUGUGUCAUGGAUGACUCAGGUCACGCUACGUUCACCUUAUGGGAUAGGGAAUGUAUAGAUAUUGUGGGGAAAACUGCAGCAAUAUUAAGAAUGGAAGUUGAAAAGAAAACGGGUGAUCCUACCCACUUCCCUGAGGACAUUGAGGCUUUGAUUGAUCAAAGAGCAAUCUUCAAAAUUCAAAUAAAAGCAAGAGACGAAAGUUCUUCUUACAAAGGUCCAGUUUCAUAUGGGAUACUUGCAAUGAUAAGAGACAAAUCUAUCUUGGACCUCUAUACCAAAAAUGAAACCCAUGCACUUGAAAUGGAUGAAAACACAGAUGUUGAGAAGAGCGGAUCAACAGGAAACGAGAUAGAAGAUGGUACUGCUAGCAGUAAAUCAAAACAGAAGACUGUUGUAAUUGAAGAUGACGAUUUCGUGUCACCUACACAAGUUGAAAACCAAGAUGACAGGAGGGCGGCUGAAAAGGGUAAGGAAGUGAAUUGCCUAGAAACUCCAACAACUAUUCGGACAGUAGGUGGUAUUGAAGGGAACGAUCAACUUAAGAGAAAUCUGAAUGAUCAGUUUUCGGCGAAUGUUAACAUCAAACGGAGAAGUAUCCGCGUCAAACAAGAGAAGGAAUAAUGUGAAGAUAGACCAGCAGGCUCAGCUACAUUUUACUUGAAAAAGGAGUGUGGAUUGAUGAUUUGUUGAAUAUUUUGUUUGGGCACUUACAUAUUUAUUUAGAACUGUGCCUUACUUUUUUGCUAAACUACGAGCUGGGUCUGUAGUAAUGAACUCUGUUUUGCAUUGUUCAAGUUGUAGGCAUGAACAAUUAUCAACUAUGUUAGACUUAUAUUUCAGAUCAAA